CCGCUGAACUCAGUCAGUGAUAGCUUUUCACACGUCUUACAAGGGCUGCAGGUUUAUCCUUCUCCAGAUCCUCUAUAGGAGACCACAACAUCUGCAGGAGCGCUUUUAUAGAUUCCACAAAACGCGCUGCCUCGGAUGGUUUACUUUCUUUAGAAGAUGAAGUGUUGCAAUUGUGGCCAUGAACCUCCUGAAGAAAAGGCCAAGUUCUGCAGUAUGUGUGGAAAAUCCAUGCAACCACCGGCCCCUAUCAGUACAGCAAUCCAAGAGGAUACAAACAAGAAUUCGAUCCUUCUGUCUGAGAUUGAAUUGGAGCCUGGGAAAGAACUGGUAUUAGAUGAAGGCAAAAUACCUGCCUGUAUCGAGCCAGCAAGUAUAGCUGAGCAUGAGCCUCCAUCACUGGGAUACACUGGUCCACCAGGCAAGAAAAAGAAGAAAAAAAACAAGAAGAAAAAAGGAAUGUCGGGUCAAACUGAAUUUAUGUCUCUUCCUGCAACAUUGAAUGAAAGCCGAGACACUGAUAGUCAUAAUGAUGAAGAUGAGUGUAAGAGCCUUGAGGUGUCUACUGAAAACAACACUUCUUUAUCUACAUCAGCAAAAGUCAUUUCAGGUAACACUGCCACGUUAGCUGUAAAGACCGUUUCAGAGAUAAAGGAUUCUAACCUAAUAACCAAAGAAAUACAAGGAUCAAUGGAAACAAAAGAACAUGAACUUCUACUGUGUAACAAGAUGGAAUAUUCAGAGGACAAAGAUGGAAAUGAAGAGCCCAACAACAAGGAACCGAUUCAUAAUGUGACCAAAUCUACUGGCAACCAAGUGAUAUCAGAUGAUAGAACUAUAAUAGAAAAACUGAAGGAAAAUGAAAGUGGCAACAAGAAAAAAACUAAUCAUAAGCAAACCACAACGGAGGCGGAAAAUGUGACUACUAGCAAUAGUGUGGCACCAAAUGAUGGCACCACAAGCAAUGAAAGCUCCAGUAAUAAGGACAAGGUCACUGAUCAGGUCAGCGGACAGACGUCCAAACAUCUGAAUACUGGGCCUGAUAAAAAAGGGGAUGAUGUGAGCACAAGCUUAGACUCCGAAAGUAAGGACAAGGUCAUCAAUCAGAAUGAUGGAGAGAGAUACACCAUAGCAAAUGAAUCCAAGUCCAGACUGACGGAUGGAAAGGAAAUUUCCAAAGACAACAGUAAUUCUGACCAUCAAGGUAUGGAUGCAAACAAUCCAAAUAAUAGUUCUAACAAAAUGUCUGUUGCGGCACAAGAACCUGAUAAACAAGGUAAAAAAGCCAAUGACGGUUAUAAAGAUGGCACGAAUGAAAAUGCUCCUAAAAAUGCUUCAAGAAAAAACAAAAAGAACACAACAGGGCAGGAUAAUAAAAAUGAUGGUGAUCGUGAAAGAGAUAUAAAUGAGCCAAAAACAAAUCAACCAAAUAAAAAAGACAUUGAUGAUACGAGUAAUGAGGAUACUAAGAAAGAUCCUGAAAGUAGCAAAAUGAAAGAAGGAAAAAACAAGAAAGGGGGAAAUAAAGCCCAGGAAAAACAAAAGUCGAAAAACUCUGAGCAGAAGUCAGUGGAAAAACCAGAGAACCAACAAAAUGAAGAUGGAAUAAAGGUGUCAAGUUCUCCAACUAAUGAAGUUCCAAAUACAUCUGCAUCUGCAAUGGAUCAGGAUCUUGAAAUAUGCUUUCAUGUUAUUAUAUCUAAGGAUUUUGGCCUCAAAGUGAAUGAAGAUAAAGUCAUAGUUAAAGGAGGAAAUAUUACAGGAUAUGAAGAUUGGAAAAGUGUUGUUUGUGAAAUGCAUUAUACAAAGGAGCUCAAGGACUUUGGAUUCUUGUAUGAAGGACGCACUCAUGUUUCCAAGAACAAUCUGAACAGAAACAUCCAGUACAAGUAUGUUGUUUUACAGAGCAAUGGACAUGAAGAAUAUGAGUACAUUUACGGUGAAACGGCAGACAAAUCACACAUUAUCAACCGCUGCCUGUUCAUACCAUCAAAUUAUACCAUUAAAGGAGAGUGGCAUCAGUAUGAUGACGUGUGCCUUAAAAAGAAUAAAGGUUUUCUGAAAUAUCUGAAGAACCCUUUGGAACAUGUGUGGAAAAGUGAAUCCAUCUAUAAAAAGAAAAUGAAGGCGGGUGAAAUCAUGCUCAGCAGCAUUUACAGUAUUCUGGAGACCUGCGAUGAGAUCAAUUUGUCUGGCUUUUUUCAACAACUGCAGCAGUUUUAUUAUGUGGCGGCACGUUUUCCUGUGGAUAAAAUAGUAGACUGGCAUUCCCAGCAAUAUGACAAAGAAAAGGUGAAUUACUUGAUGAUGACGUUGCUCAAUACGAUCUGUGACCCUUUCAUUAAUACAAAUAAGCAGCAGGAAAGUAAUGUGAGGCUGAACAGAUUAAUUGCAGGAUUAAUUUGCCUCUGGAUUGCCCGUUUUUAUGGCAUUCAUGGUAGUAAAGAGCAUUUAACAAACAUCUGCUGUAUUCUCUGCUUGGAUGAAAUGCCACGAGAAAAGUUAAUUGAUGAGCUUAAGAAUGCAAAGACUCUCUUCGGAAACUUUCCAGAGUAG